AUGACGAUUUGGGAGCUUCCAAGAGUUAUCGACUUCAAGGAUUUGACCCCUGAAGAAGAUUUCUACACUUGUGUCCAUCUGACAAGAAAAUCUGGAUCCAGAAGAUGCGGGAACACAAACAACAAACAGGACCGCCAGGAAGCACGACGUCUUUACCUCAAGAUACGAUUCUUCCUCGACAAUGCUACCCCAGUGCAGGAUCUACUGCAGGAUUUUGCUAAAGUCGCUUUGUGUAAACGUAUCCACCGGCCAAAUGACGGAACAGACACACCGUAUCUGAGAAUGGCACAGAAGUGGAGCAACGAUGUCGAAAAGAAACAGCUUGCCAUUCAGCAAUUGACUGAGGAAUUGGCCAUCGAGGCAGUCAUGUCCGAUGCGGAUGUACUACACGAGAAGGUCGUGGACCGCUCUGACGGUGAAGGAACCCAAACGAGCAACGCCAACCCUACUAGUCCAGAAUUUGCACCGUGCAACAUCAUACUCAAAGUGGAACAACCUUCCAUGGCAGUAACAUCUGGAGAUGACUCUGCGCUUGGCAAGCCGACAACACUGGCAAGUGAGCAGAACGCCUGCAGAGAUACUAUAGAUCUUCCUAUUUGCGAGCCUCGACAACCUGAUUCCCAAUCUGGAGCAAUUUCAAUUGCGCCGCCGCAGCCCCUGCCGAAACGGAUAACACGCUCAGGUACCUCCACCAACCUUGAAAAAGAAUACGUUCCAUAUUGCCCGUACCUGUCAGCCCGCACACCGACCCAGAUCAUUCAAGCAACGAACGCUUCCGUGCUUUCCAUCCUGAACAGACCGCUAACCAUCAUGGCCAAGAAGAGCGGGCGGGUGUAUAUCUUCACCCGUCCCGACGAUCCAGCACUCCUGAAGACCGGGUUUACCACCCAUUCCGGUGAGGCUCGGGUGGCGGCUUGGGGCAAAGACUGUUGCUACGCCGCCAAGCUUGAGUUUGUCACCGAGAUGAUGCCUCAUGCUUGGUUAGUGGAGAGACUGGUUCAAGAGCACCUGAAGCAGUAUAGAAGGAAAGAACGAAGGUGUAAGUGGAAAGACUCGUGCUCCAAACAGCACAUAGAAUGGUACGAGAUCGGUGUCAAAGAAGCGAGAAGAGUCAUCGAGAGUUGGGCUGGCUGGAUUCAAAAAUACCGACCGUGGGGAUCCGACGACGUCCUGACGCCGACCUGGGCAUCCUUGCUGAACCAAUACCGCAUUGCUCUGAAAGGCCCUGAUUGUGACAAAGAGAUGUGGGAUCGGUUUGUGAGGAUGGAGGAGCCAAGGAAAGUGGUCCCAGUCGGUCGAAGCGCCGCAUCAAAGCAGGAUCUGAACACCUCAAUCUCAUCUUUUACUGUUCACACCACAGAGUUGAAGCUAUCCUGCAAAUCACCACUUCCCGAGCUACAGACAACGCUUCCAAAGAGAGUGCAUAGCGACUCCUCUUCGGCUCCCUCCCUAUCGCCCUCACAGCCACGCUCCCCGAGCAAACCACCAAGACGAAGCAUACGACAGACUCAGCUUGUAGACAUUCAAAACUUGGAGCUUGGAGAAUUCCCCACCCAACGAGCUGCACCUCGUCCCACGGCGCGAGAGCCACGCCCGGACAGUCCUCAUCUCCGCCUCAGCUUCCGUCGAAAUCUCGAUGCUAGACCGCGUCGCCAUCCCGCGUUCCUUGCGCGUGAUGCAAUCAACCCCCUGACUAACCUCUUUCACCUGCACAGCCUCCCGCUUCACAUCCACGCGGUUAUCCUCGGCUACGUCUUCUACCACGUCCUCGACCGCAUUUUCGCGCCCCAUCGCUUCACUUAUCUGCUCCCACGACCUACGCCCAAUUGA